AUGUCCACCCAACCUGAAAUCCACAACCCCGCAACAACCGACGGCUGGCACGGCGUCAUCCCCAGCGCCCAAUUCCCCGCCGAAAAAGGCCGCUACCACCUCUACAUCGGCCUAUUCUGCCCCUUCGCCCACCGCGCAAAUUUCAUCCGCCAUCUCAAAGGCCUAACCGAAUUCAUCGACGUCAGUAUCGUGAAACCCUAUCCCAAGGGCGACGAGAAGGGCUGGCCGGGAUGGUGUUUCCCCAAAUCCGAUGACGAAUACCCAGGCGCGACAGUCGAUCACCUCUUCGGAGAGGAUUAUCUGCAUAAAAUAUAUUUUCGGGCUGAUGCGGAGUAUAAGGGGAGAUACUCUGUUCCGUUGUUGUGGGAUAAGAAGACUGGGACUGCGGAAAGCGCGGAGCUACUACGCUGGCUUCCAACGGCAUUCAAUGAACUGCUACCCCCAUCCCUUGCGGAAAUAGAUCUCUACCCUGCUGAUCUUCGAGCCAAAAUCGACACAAUUACCCUAUGGAUGCAAUCAGACCUCAACAUCGGCGUCUACAAAGCCGGGUUUGCCCCCUCACAAGAGGUAUACGAUAAAAACGUCAUCCCAGUCUUUGGAGCCCUGAACAAACUCGAGCACAUCAUUGUGCAGCACGGUGGACCCUUUAUCCUCGGCUCGACGAUGACAGAGCUCGAUAUCCGGUUGUAUGCGACCUUGAUCCGCUUUGAUACCGUUUACGUGCAGCAUUUCAAGUGUAAUCUGGGGACUAUUCGACAUGAUUAUCCCGUGCUUAAUAAUUGGUUGAAGGGGAUGUAUUGGGAUGUUGAUGCUGCAAGGGCGUCGACGGAUUUUAAACAUAUCAAGGAGAAUUAUACGAAGAGUCAUUACGAUAUCAAUCCCAAGGCGAUUACUCCGAUGGGACCUUUCCCUGAUGUGGAAGAGGGGGUUCAGAGAGAUUGGAAGUUCCAUACGAAUAUGGAUUUUGACUACGACCUCUGGAAAUUCAAACUCAGAGACCGAGGUUUAUCGAUUGAAUACGGGAACGCCUCUGGCUAA